AUGGAUCAAUGGCAGGGCUAUCCGGACGCCGCUGGCGCUUCGAGACGAUAUAAUGGCAAGAACCAAAUGACCCCCGGACGGGAAUACGCUCAACAAGGUGGUCAAGGACAAGUCCAGCCGCCCGUCGGCUUCAGAAACGAUCAAUACCAGGGAGCCAUGAGCUUGCAUUCCGCCCAACCUAGUGCGACCUCACCCAUUACCACCCCGCAGCUUCGCGACGGGAAUGGCGACGUCCCCAUGCAGGACGCCCACGACCCUUACGGUGCGAUGAAGUACCCAAUGCGGCCUCAUCACCAGUCUCACCUCUCCGGUGGUCGAUCGUCAAAUCUGCACUCGCCUUCCGAGCCAUCGGCUGCUGCUCAGCGGUACUCGCCCAUGGAGGUGCUCUCACCUACAUCGCCGUACGGUUCCAAAUCGUCCGGAGCUCAGGGCCAUUUCUCGACGCCGCAUAGCCAGCGCCAGUCGCCAACUCGAGCCGAUUACCCGCCCACAAGCCCUUCCUACUACGGCCGACAGGGAUCCCAGCUUCCUCCCAUGGCGCCCUAUGCGAACGCUUCGGACAACUACCCGUCCUCGGCCGUCGCUACUCUGGACGGCACUUUCACUAACGACCCGAAGUCGCCUAGAAGGGCGCUCCAACCUACCAUGAACAUGCCUAUGGAGAAGAGACCUGUACCCCAGUUCAAGAAGGUUGGCACCGCGACCGAUCUCCGGCCAAAGGUCAAUACCCAGCCGCCGUUCCGACGAGCCAACCCCGAGGGAGGAUUUAUAAGCCCCCUGCAAGCUCUCACCGUUCACCUACCCGCAACUUAUCGCAUUUGCAACCCGAACUUCAAAUACGAAUCUUCUCGAAAUCCCCGCCGAGUCUUGACCAAACCAAGCAAGGGAUCGAAGAACGAUGGGUACGAUAAUGAGGACAGUGACUACAUCCUAUAUGUCAACGACAUUCUGGGCUCUGAGGAAGCCGGCCACAAGAACCGAUACCUCAUCCUCGAUGUGCUUGGCCAAGGUACCUUCGGACAGGUCGUCAAGUGCCAGAACUUGAAGACCCAAGAGGUCGUGGCUGUCAAGGUCAUCAAGAACCGAACUGCGUACUUCAACCAGAGCAUGAUGGAGGUGUCUGUGUUAGAUUUGUUGAACACCAAGCUUGACAAGAAUGAUGACCACCACUUACUCCGGCUGAAAGACACCUUUAUUCAUCGACAGCAUCUUUGCUUGGUAUUCGAACUACUGAGCGUCAACCUUUACGAACUGAUCAAGCAGAAUCAGUUCCGUGGUCUGAGUACGACGCUCGUGCGGGUCUUCGCGCAACAGCUGCUGAACGGUCUGGCCCUCCUCAACAAGGCGCGGCUGAUACACUGCGACUUGAAACCGGAGAAUAUCCUACUCAAGAACCUCGAGAGCCCGAUCAUCAAGAUUAUCGAUUUUGGUUCAGCUUGUGACGAGCGGCAAACAGUGUACACUUACAUCCAGUCGCGCUUCUACCGAUCACCGGAAGUAUUGUUGGGUCUCCCCUAUUCGUCCGCAAUCGACAUGUGGUCGCUUGGCUGUAUAGUAGUCGAGCUCUUCCUCGGUUUGCCACUCUUCCCAGGCUCCUCGGAAUACAACCAGGUAUCGCGAAUCGUCGAGAUGCUUGGCAACCCACCAAACUGGAUGAUCGAAGUCGGCAAGCAAGCAGGAGACUUCUUCGAGAAGAGGCAGGAUGAGUUUGGUCGCAAAACGUAUCAUCUCAAGAGUAUGGAGCAGUACUCUCGAGAGCGUGGAACGAAGGAACAACCCAGCAAGAAGUAUUUUCAGGCUGCUACGCUGCCGGAGAUCAUCAAAACGUACCCGAUGCCGCGGAAGAACAUGAAGCAGAGUGAAAUUGAUCGAGAAAUGAAUAACCGAGUUGCCUUCAUCGACUUCGUCCGGGGCUUGCUCACGAUAAGUCCCCUGGAAAGAUGGUCGCCUCAACAGGCGAAGCUUCAUCCUUUCAUCACCCAGCAGAAGUAUACCGGACCUUUCGUACCGCCAAUGAACCUGAAGGCUAGCUCGCUCAACCGAUCUCCAGCACCCGGCACUCAGCAGCAGCAACAAGCCGCCGAACUGAGCAAGCAAAGGGCGCAAGCAGCACAAGCUCAAGCGCAAGCGGCUGUUCAAGGAGCCUACGGGAUGCAGGGUAGUCAGUAUCCUGCUUCACCUCAUGCGCAGGCUCCAAUGUAUUCCAACAAUGCCAUGUACACUCAAGGCGGAAGCCAUACUAACGCCCCGCCCCCAUACGCGACGCAACAGUCUCCUUAUGGCCCGAUGGUCAUGAAUCAAGCGCCAGCACAGAUGCCUCCGGCGAACUAUGCUGGUAUUCCUCAACAAAAUCUGUAUCAACAAGCGACGGUUCGAGCUGGUCGUCAACGUUCGUCGACGAUGGACCAGCAGCAGAGUGGUAUCCCUGCGGCGAUUCAGAGAGUUGCUAGCCACCUCGAUCCGAGCCAACCCAUCCGACUGCAACCUAGUCCAGCAUACUACCCCCCACCCGCCGAUGGUAUGGGUCUGCAAGAUCCUGGAGCUGGUAGCAGAGUUGCUGGUCGAAGAGACAGCCGAGCGCAGAGGGGUGGUGCCGCCAGAGGCAAUAAUCGGGACUUCAUUCGAAACCUGGAAGAACGAACGCUCGAAGAAGGAUUCAUGGGUGGCAAUACCCAAGGCUGGCAUUGA